AUGACUGAUAUGAAGCGGAAGCUCGACGAUCAAAUCUCCGACGAAUUUCAAUUUCAGUUUUCCUCUGCCAAAAAAAUGGCAACUCCGAAUCCGAUCCUAAAAAUGAAGUUCGGUUCUUUCUACAUUCCCAAAGACAACCCUUCGAAACCGCUCGGAGAAGACGCCCACUUCAUCUCCGCCGCCAAACAGACCGCCGGCGUGGCUGACGGCGUCGGCGGCUGGGCGGCGAAAGGAAUCGACGCCGGCGUGUACGCCAGAGAGCUGAUGGCCAACUGCGCCGCCGUCGUCGCCAACGAACGCGGCGGCCGCGUCGACCUCGGAAAGGUUCUCGCCAUGGCUUGCAGCCGGACCGCCGCUCGCGGAUCGUCGACGGCGUGCAUGGUGUCGCUCGACGGCGCGGUUCUCCGGUCGGCGCUGGUCGGAGACAGCGGGUACGCGGUGUUCAGGGAUAAAAAGUGUAUUCACAGAUCGCCGGUUCAGCAGCGCGGGUUCAACCAUCCGUAUCAAUUGAAGAGAGAACCGGGUCCGAGUGACCUGGGUUAUGCGUCGCGGGAGGAGGUUCCGGUGGCGGCCGGAGAUGUUGUGGUGGUCGGAACUGAUGGGUUGUUCGACAACGCAUACACGGAUGAGAUCGGAGAGCUUUCGGAGACGCCUGAGCCGGGGGAUUUGGCCUGGGAACUGGCGGCGCUGGCCUUGUACAAUUCGAACGAUGACAAGUAUGAUAGCCCAUUUGCGGUGGCGGCUCGGGCCGCCGGUCGACAGCACACCGGAGGAAAAAUUGAUGAUAUUACUAUAAUUGUUGCACGAAUCGUGGGUUCGCAUUGA